AUGGCGGACGGCUACGACGACAGCAACCGGGCCUUCCUACAGGCCUUCAUGGGCCGCUCGUCCAUGACCUUCGAGGAAGCUCAACCAGUUUUGGCUGCAAUUUUCACUGCGCAGAAAGGGGAAAUUGUGGACCCAAAUGAUGUUACCCAAGAGCAUCUCUCAUCCUACAUCGAUGCUGCCAACACCGCAAUCUCGCCCUUCGACUUGGAAAUCAGAAGCUUGCUUCACCAGACACCAAAGCAGGCAGAUCAAGAAAACAAUGAUAACCCACCUACCCGUGUAUAUGCCCUUGUCAACACAACCAGCGAUUCUUUGACGCAGCUUGCAACAACCUACUCCGCAGAUGAAAUUGCUUUCGUCAAGCGUCUACUGGAUUUCAUGUUCGAUACAAAUAAUACCCGGAUAUGUGAAGGAAUGGUCAUCACACCUAUGCAAUCACUUAAUCUCCGUUCCUCGGCGGAGGCCAACCGGCGGCGCUCCACAAAUGCAACGCAGCAGACCCAGGGCGGAGCUACGCAGUCUUUGACGCUAACACAAGCAGAAAACAUGAUGAAGCACCUCGUUGAAGAGGGAUGGCUCGAGAAAAGCAGGAAGGAUUACUUCAGCCUGACCCCACGGGCACUGAUGGAGUUGCGCGGGUGGCUGAUCUCGGAAUACAACGACGAGAUGGAGAGUGGCCGCAAAAUGAAUCGCAUUAAGUUUUGCUCUGCCUGCAAGGAUAUAAUCACUGUGGGACAACGCUGCGAGGACCGCGAUUGCCUGGGCCGACUUCAUGACCAUUGUACGCGCAGCUUCUUUCGUAUGCAACGGGCAGAAAAGUGCCCUGUCUGCAAGAAAGACUGGCCAGGUGACAAAUUCGUCGGCGAAAGAGCUGUGACUUCCGCGUCCCGGAGACAAACCAAUGCCCGACAGGCGCCUGCUCUCGCUGCUCCUAAUGGAGAUGCCAGUAGCUCUGAAGAUGCGAGUGGCGAAGAAGAGGAGGGUUGA